GAGAGACGGAUUCAGGGUCUUUUCGGUCUAAAAACGACUCUUUUAUUAGUACUAAAACAGAGUCGGGCCUGCGCCCGUUUUUGGGGUCGUGUGGGUCGUUUUCAGACUCUAAAACAGGGUCGUUUGUUCUAUGCGGGCAUCGUGUUUUUUUAUACUGAACGAACGAUUUUUUCAAACAGACUAUUUAAAAACGAUUUUUGAACGAACCAUUUUAAUUAACUAAGGAUUUUACUGAACGAUCGUUCAGUAAGAAAACGAACAAAAAAGGUGGAAACUGAACGGUUUCGCUGAACGAACGGUUUUACUGCACGAUCUCCAAUUAAGAAAACGAACGAAAUAGAUGGUAAAUUUUGAGAUUAUGGGGUCUGAGACUCCCAACGAAUCUACAUUCUAUAAUUAUAUAACACUUUUACCUAAAAGUUUGUGUAAGACGACAUUUAUAAGAUAUUUCUAUUUUUAGGUUCUGAGGGUAAAGAUUGGUCGGGAGUAUGCGACGAGAGUAUAUGUGGAGAAGGAUGCCGGGCUGCCUGUACAUAUUCAGACAGGAUGAAAACCGGUUCUAGUGUACAUACGGUACAUAACACAUUGAUUACAGAACACAACACGGCAUCUCUUAUGUUAACAGGUUGCAAUUUGUUCUGGGUUCCUCUGUCACCUGAUACCCGGAGUAAGAGCAAGGUUCAGGUUCUCCUUGGUCAGGAUCAGAGUAGGAGAUGGUAUGAGCUAAAUCAAACCAUCUCAACCUCCUUCCAGCUUAGCCUGGACACACUCCAGAAGAUGGAUAAAAUCCGUGUUCUGUCCGUGAGUAGCACACUGGAGGUGGAGAGUGCUGAACUGAUGGUUCCUGAGAUCCAAUCCUGUCGAUCUUUGUCGGAGAAACCUGGAUCCUGGAACCCGGAGCUGAGAAGUAUCCAACCCGUCCCAAGUUGGUUCAAAGCUGAAGUCGGCUGGACGGAUAUUCAGUCUCCGACAUCUUAUCCUGCUAAAUAUAUCGUUAGGAAACUUAAUCAAACCUUUAAACAUUUUGAAAAUUGA